UCCUCUCCGGCCUCCGCUCCCCUCCUUCUCUCCCCAGCCCAGUCCCUCCCCCAGCCUCGGCGGAGGGGGGCCGGGCUUGGCUCCGCACCGCUUGUGCAUUCCAGAGAGCGGGGCCAGCCAGAGCAACAAAGGAGCCGGGCGGUCGGCGGGGAGAGCGCUUGGGGGCUGCGGCGCUCGCGCCGAGGUGGCUGCGGAGCCGCGGGCUGGCGCGGGGGCGGAGCCGAGGCCGGGGUCCCGCACCCCGGCGGGCCUCUGGCCUCCAGCGCGGGCCCGGGAGCUGGGUUUAAUAGUGGGAGGGGGAAUGGGGCCAGGGCUUGGGGGCCAAGGGGGCUCCCGAGGCUAAAGCCAGCUUGGAUUGUCAGGCGAGGGAGUGGGGAGUUGUGCAUCCCGGCCCCGGCCUCCGCCGCCCAACAUGGGCCCCGGGUCCCAAAGUUUGCAAAGUUGGGAGCCGAGGGGCCGGGGCGCGCGGAGCGUCCGGGGGAAGUCGGCCCCAGACCCGCGGGGCGCACAGGGGCGCGGCGGGGACCGGCCCUCCGCCGCUGCUGAGCCACUGCGGCCGGGCCGCCCCCUGCGAGCCGCUGCGCUACAACGUGUGCCUGGGCUCGGCGCUGCCCUACGGCGCCACCUCCACGCUGCUGGCCGGGGACUCGGACUCCCAGGAGGAAGCGCACGGCAAGCUCGUGCUCUGGUCCGGCCUCCGGAAUGCCCCCCGCUGCUGGGCAGUGAUCCAGCCCCUGCUGUGUGCCGUGUACAUGCCCAAGUGCGAGAAUGACCGGGUGGAGCUGCCCAGCCGAACCCUCUGCCAGGCCACGCGAGGCCCCUGUGCCAUUGUGGAGCGGGAGCGGGGCUGGCCUGACUUCCUGCGCUGCACCCCUGACCACUUCCCUGAAGGCUGCCCGAAUGAGGUGCAGAACAUCAAGUUCAACAGCUCGGGCCAGUGUGAGGCACCCCUGGUGCGGACCGACAACCCCAAGAGCUGGUACGAGGAUGUGGAGGGCUGCGGCAUCCAGUGCCAGAACCCACUGUUCACGGAGGCGGAACACCAGGACAUGCACAGCUACAUCGCCACCUUCGGUGCCGUCACUGGGCUCUGCACGCUCUUCACCCUGGCCACCUUUGUGGCUGACUGGCGGAAUUCCAAUCGCUACCCUGCGGUUAUCCUCUUCUACGUCAACGCGUGUUUCUUCGUGGGCAGCAUUGGCUGGCUGGCCCAGUUUAUGGACGGUGCCCGCCGAGAGAUUGUCUGCCGAGCUGAUGGCACCAUGAGGCUUGGGGAGCCCACCUCCAAUGAGACCCUGUCCUGUGUCAUCAUCUUCGUCAUCGUAUACUAUGCCCUGAUGGCUGGUGUGGUCUGGUUUGUGGUCCUCACCUAUGCCUGGCACACCUCCUUCAAAGCUCUGGGCACCACCUACCAGCCCCUCUCAGGCAAGACCUCCUACUUUCACCUGCUCACCUGGUCGCUCCCAUUCGUCCUCACUGUGGCAAUCCUCGCUGUGGCCCAGGUGGAUGGGGACUCUGUGAGUGGCAUCUGUUUUGUGGGCUACAAGAACUACCGAUAUCGUGCUGGCUUUGUACUGGCCCCGAUCGGCCUGGUACUCAUCGUGGGGGGCUACUUCCUCAUCCGAGGAGUCAUGACUCUCUUCUCCAUCAAGAGCAACCACCCCGGACUGCUGAGUGAGAAAGCUGCCAGCAAAAUCAACGAGACCAUGCUGCGCCUGGGCAUUUUUGGCUUCCUGGCCUUUGGCUUUGUGCUGAUCACCUUCAGCUGCCAUUUUUAUGACUUCUUCAACCAGGCUGAGUGGGAGCGCAGCUUCCGGGACUAUGUUCUAUGCCAGGCCAACGUGACCAUUGGGCUGCCCACCAAGAAGCCCAUUCCUGACUGUGAGAUCAAGAAUCGCCCCAGCCUCCUGGUGGAGAAGAUCAACCUGUUUGCCAUGUUUGGAACCGGCAUUGCCAUGAGCACCUGGGUUUGGACUAAAGCCACUCUGCUCAUCUGGAGGCGCACCUGGUGCAGGCUGACUGGGCAGAGUGAUGAUGAGCCCAAAAGGAUCAAGAAGAGCAAGAUGAUUGCCAAGGCCUUCUCCAAGCGGCGCGAGCUCCUGCAGAACCCGGGCCAGGAGCUCUCGUUCAGCAUGCACACGGUCUCCCAUGACGGGCCUGUGGCGGGUUUGGCUUUUGACCUCAAUGAGCCCUCUGCUGAUGUCUCCUCUGCCUGGGCGCAGCAUGUCACCAAGAUGGUAGCUCGGAGAGGAGCUAUACUGCCCCAGGACGUUUCUGUCACCCCCGUGGCCACCCCAGUGCCACCAGAGGAACAAGCCAACCUGUGGCUGGUUGAGGCAGAGAUCUCCCCAGAGCUGGAGAAGCGGCUGGGCCGGAAGAAGCGGAGGAAGAGGAAAAAGGAGGUGUGCCCCCUGGGUGCGGCCCCGGAUCGGCACCAUGCUGCUCCCGGCCCUGCCUCUGCCACCAGUGCCGUUCCUCGGCUGCCUCAGCUGCCCCGGCAGAAGUGCCUAGUGGCUGCAGGUGCCUGGGGAGCUGGGGAAUCGUGCUACCAGGGAGCCUGGACCCUGGUCUCCAACCCCUUCUGCCCAGAGCCCAGUCCCCAUCAGGAUCCAUUUCUCCCCAGUGCCUCAGCCCCUAUGGCUUGGGGUCAUGGCCGCCGCCAAGGUCUGGGGCCCAUUCAUUCUCGAACCAACCUGAUGGAAGCGGAGCUCAUGGAUGCAGACUCAGACUUCUGAGCCUGCAGAGCAGGGCCUGGGGCAGGGAAGAGGAGCAAAUACCACCGAGGCUCUCUUCCUUGCGAGCUUCUCUGGGAUCCUGUCUUCCACAGAGCUCGUAGGCCUCCCUUGAGAGUUCUGUGUGUCUGGCUCAAAGCAGCAGGGCUGUGGGAAAGAGCUGAGCGUCUCCAUGGGUGACCUCACCCAGGGUUAGGGCCCCAGAGUCAGGGUUGUCCUUUCUGCCUCACCAGCCGGAGUCUGGCUGGCAGCAUUGGUCUCCAGCUGACCUUAUGGUGGGGCAAUAAUGGUGGAGCCUGGAGUGACAGUACCUAGAGUGGACUUUGGUGGCCAAGGAGACAGCCAAGCCCAUGUCUGGCAGAUGAGGGAUACCUGCCCUUAGACCAAAAGUGUUCAUUGUGUCCUUUAUCUAAAGAGGCGUGUGUGGGGUCAGAAGUGCCUACUCUAUGAAGGCUGUAAUCCAUCUGAACAGGGAUCCUACCCCAAACCUGUCUUCUGUUCUCCAGCACCCUCCCUUCCCUUUCCUAUCUACUGUUAAUUGGGACCCAGAACUGAGGUACACAACACACACACACACACACACACACACACACACGUGCGCGCAGAGUCACUUGCCGCUGAGCUUCAUCUCCAGGGAGAGAUUGAUUUACCUCUAGAGCCUUGGCCUGGCAUGGGACAGAAGCAAGGCAUGGCAGGUGCCUCCAGGCCCCUGGGAGACGAGUCAUCCCUUCCUCGUGUCUAUCACUGGGGUUGGUCCCUCUGACUAAGGGGUUACCUUGGGAAGCUGCUGUAGCUGCAGCCAGGAAAAAAAAGCUUCUUCCAGCUUCCACUACAGCAGAAGAGGAGGUUCCUACCUUUCCUGACCUCCCGCGGUGUCCCUAGCACCCAUAUUCAAGACCAGACAGCAGCCAGUCUUAGAAGCUGGUUGGGUUCCAUGUCGGGGAUAGGGAUGGGAAGAAGAAAUACAAACAAUAAAUAAAAGGUUUUUGUAUAAA